GCAGGAAGACGAAUUUGUUACUACUGUACGGUUGGAAGAGCCCUCUGGAGGUCUGAUUAUUCAGUUGCUUGCCCACCCAAGCUAGCUAGUGGAGAGCACAAAAGAGUCCAAACGGAAAAUGAACCAGGAUGAUGAUGGAGGAGGAACAACCCGCCAAAAUGGAAAGCAACAAUCCACUUCUGCCAAUCAGGAUACCCAACACGAAAUCGAAAAAAUGAGCAAGGUACCCUCCACAGAGACGACGGUGAGAAAUGCCGUGGGACAAGGCAUGAAUGCUUUCUCAGAUGCUAUCAAUAAUAACUUGGUGGCAGCAAGAUAUGGUACCGUGGCCACUGUCACGCUGCUUGCUGCCUACGGCCUCUCCAAUACACCACUGUUCUUUCGCUACAAAAGUGUCGCCGACAUUCCAGCUCGACUAUUUGUGGGUAGAAAACGCUUGAGAGCCAGGCUCAUCAGGACAGAAGAAAACGAUCAGGCGGGGCAACCCAUUAUAUGCUAUGUCAGGCACCUAUCUCCAGUUGGGCGGGUGCUCAACAGAGAAAUGUACGAAUUUGGAACCAGAGCAGCCCCGUCGGCUCAGGUCACAGGCAACCCAGAGGGUGAUUUGAUCAAAGUAGAAAUAGCUGGGUUAUCGGCUCCUCCAUUCUAUGCAUCCACUGAUUAUCAACGUGGAGAGUGGCUUCAGAGAUUGGCCAGUGACAAGACCAAGGUGACUCUCCAACUGCUUGGGAGAAGGGUCCCUAAUUCUCCCUCCACUGGUACUGGUAAUGCUCACAACAAUACUAUGGAGCCAAAUCACAGAAACAAACGAGAUGUCACGGUCAUCUUGCCGGAGUUGGAGCAAUCACUGCAAAAAGACAACCUACAACAAGGAGCAGAGGAACAACAAGAGCAACAAAUUGCAGUGGGUCGUUUGUACUAUAGACCGUCUCUGUUUCAGCUAUUUGCGACCGACUUGGCGACUCCCUUGGUGCGGUACGGACACGCAACGGCGGAAAGCGAAAUGUUUAUGAAAUCUCUUCACACAGAAGGCACCAAAAUUGUGGAUGCGACCCAGGGACUCGACACUAUACGAAAGGACGUGAAAUAUCUAGAUCGACUGGGCAAGCUGGAGUACGAAGCGGCCAAGGGAUCGUACGGCAUGUGGUCGGAUACCCUGAUCCGAGAGAAGCGACGAGAUAUAGUAGACGAAGUCGAGUUUCAAACCAACGCCACCGCUUGGCAAAAGCUCUGGCGAUGGAUAAGAGGCUAA